AUAAAGUUUAAUUAAUAUUAACUAUAAUUUCAUUAAGACGGACGUUAGCACGUAGGAAUUAGGUCACCGGAAUACUCACCCCACCCACCAGGAGUUUAAUUUGUUACUGUGUUUCUUGUUUUAUUAGUGAGGUGCUUCAAAUACCACGCUUUUGGUAACUCUAUCGCCUAUAUAAAUGGAGUAGAAUUAAAGAUUCUUUCAACAAUAUGGAAAUCGAAUCUCUAACAGCAUCACCAAUUAGUGCUUAAUCCCUUUCAGUAUUAAUUAAUCAUCAAAUCCAUUCUUACAAUAUUUUUCCUGCUAAUUAAAUCUGAAGAUCCAAUUAUUAUCAAACAUAAUUUAAAAUAGCUGAAUAUGAUAAUUAAAAUCAUAGUAUAUAAUACUUGUUCAACUAGUCUGAUUGAAUUUCAAGAUCACCUCAUCGACGUGAGACAUCAUAUUAAAAUUAGAGAUUUAGAGUUAUUUUUGUAUAUAUAAGUAUACUGUUUAUGAAUUAUGACCACUUUUGGAAGCAAUAAUUUCUUAAGAUUUUUAAUCCUACACGAGGAGAGUGGAUUCUUCCAUUACGCAAGAACUACUUUACCGUAUCAUCAUCCACAAAUCCAGUUCUUUUUGGCCUAACAAUAAUUAACAGUCCCACUUGAUAAUAUUUAAAUGAUAAUCAUUGAAAAAUCAAGAAUAAACAUAAAAAUUAGCGGACACAAGAGUUUGACUUUACCUAAAUCCAUGCAAGAAUUUCAUGCAAAUAUCCCAUCCAUUUCUUCAACGCAUGGCCCCCACCACCACCCUUUUUGUCUGAUCCCUAUAUAAAUAUGGAACUCCGUUUCAAACUUCCAAUUUUAAAAACUUUACUACCGAAUAAAAUUUUCUAAUUUCUGGUUUACUUAAAUUGGACUCCGUUUUUGGAAUUUUGACCAAAACGACGUCACACCCUUCCCACUUUGACUCUCUCUCUUAUAAACACUCUUCAGAAACUAGAGAGAUUUGUGCGAAAAUGGCGAGAGAAAAGAGGAGGGAGGAACUGUAUGUCACUGUACCGAAUCUCUUCCGGUGCCCGAUUUCCAUGGAUGUGAUGAAGUCGCCGGUGAGUCUCUGCACCGGCGUCACGUACGAUCGGAGCUCCAUCGAGAAGUGGCUGGCUCUCGGCCACAAAACCUGUCCGGCGACCAUGCAAACCUUGCCGUCUACGCUCACCACGCCGAAUCUCACGCUCCGCCGCCUCAUUCAGCUCUGGCUCUCCCAUGCCGACGCCGCACGGGCGCCACUGACGCCGUCGUCUGCUGUCUCCAAGGAGGAGGCGGCGGGGAUCAUAAAAGGUGAGCUCGACGCCAGCUCUGUGGAGAAAUUGAUCGAUUUCAUGAAGGCGUCGGAGGGGAAUCUGAAGUUUGUAGCUCUGUCUAACGGCGCGGUUUCUAGGUUCGUCGAAUUUUUCGCGGAAUCCGACGAGAUUCGGAUUCGCGAACUGAUUGUUGAGGUUUUCGAUCUGAUCUCGUCGGAGAUUGGCGUGAGGGAAAAGUUGAACGAGCUCAUUUUGAAGUGCGGUGACCGAAGCGACUGUCUGUCGUCGUUCGCGACGGUUUUGCGGGAAGGAAACGCGGAAUCGAAGGUGAAAUCGGCGAAGAUUCUGGAGCUAAUCGCUCUAAAUCCUGAAUCGCAGCACAAAAUUUCCAAUAAACCAGGUGUAUUGCAGAAUCUAUACACCCUAACCACCGCGGAGAGCGAUACGGCGGCGGUGGAAGGCGGAUUGUCGGCUCUGCUAGCGGUGGCAACGAGCAGGGCGGCGAAGAAGGAGCUGAUCCGGUUGGGAAUCGUCCGAACCGUGGGGCGAAUCCUUUCCCUGAGCGGGGUUGUCGGAGUGAUCGAGAGAGCGGUGGCGAUGCUGGAAACGGUGGCGACGUGUACGGAGGGGAGGGGCGCGAUCGGGGAGGACAGCGAGUGCGUGGGGGAGAUCGUGAAGAGGCUGAUGAGGUGUUCGGGAGCGGCGACGGAGCACGGAAUAACGGUGCUGUGGAGCGUGUGCUGCUUAGCGAGGGACCAAGCGGCGCAGGAAAGGGUGGCGAAAGUGAACGGAUUGACCAAGGUACUAGUGGUGAUGCAGAGCGCGUGCUCGUCCACUACCAAGCACAUGUGCAGCGAGUUGGUCAAAGUAUUGAGGGCUAAGAGUAGUAAGUCUAAUUUGGCUCCUUAUGAAACCAGGACCAUUCACAUUGCACCUUAUUGAAUUUAACUCACAAUUAAUCAUUUUUUUUACUUAGGAAUUCAAACCUGUAAAUGCACAUAUACAAAUGAAAAACUUCUUUCUCAA